AUGGCGCUGCCCUUGGAUCGAGGCACCGGCUCUGAGCGAGAUGCGCUACGCUGCGACAGCUUGCGAAGGCCCCGACCCCCAGGGCGUUGCGGCGUGAAACAGGUCACGCCCUGCCAUCCGAGUCUCCUGGGCGUCACUGCGAGCGAGAGAGGCAUCCCUGACUGCGAGAGAGCCGAUGGCCCGGCCGCUCGCGCGAGCAUGCCCUGCGCUCGUGACCUGCCUCCUGCGAGCUCAGUUCCCUUGGGCGCAACUGAGCGACCCUCUGCUCAUCCUCCCCAACAAACGCGACAAGCUGCCCUCGCCUUUGAACACAACACGCGAGGCAUCUCCCAGUGGUGGCAAAUUAGGCCUUUGCGCAGAGGAUUUGCUGGUGGAUUCCAGCAGCUGAGGACCUCGGGACCUAGCGCGCGCGCGCGCGUUGCUGGAAGGCUUCCCGCGACUGUGUGGAUGUCGGACGUUAACGCAUUGGCACUUCACAUCCCCCAGGGCACUGCAGACUUGCGGACACCACCUCCAACGCGGGAGAGAAAUCACAAUUGUCAAGAGGAGGAAGGGAGGGAGCAGCCUGGCUGGGGCCUGCCCGGGGUCCUGAGAGGGGAUGGUGACUACCUGGCCGUGGGCAGGGCCGUGGCCCAGCACAACUGAUCUCACAUCACCACCGUGCUGCAGCGCCAGAAGUUCCGGUGCCAGCUCAUCGACAGCUCCGAGGACCUGGGCAUGGUCAGCAUCCAGGACCCAGCCAGCAGGGCCAUUCUGCAGGAGGGGCUGGACGCAGACCUGAGCAACAAGGCCUUCCCAUUCUCCACCCACAAGAUGCUGAGAGCCACCAGGCAACUGGUGUGUAAGCCAUGCGGGGCAGCGGAGACCAGGCCUCCAGAGUCCUCUAGCGCUCAUGCUGGAGAAGAUAUCACCCCACGGAAGCACAUCUUCCAGUCCUGGGACCCGCAGUUCAGCACCAGCCAGGUUUCCCUAGAAGUAGAGGCUAUGGCUGUCUUCAGGAGCCUGUGCCGGGCCAGUCUGACCAGAAUGGCACAGCCAGGGUGGGUGUCCCCUGGGCUGGUGCUACUGCUUGUUUCCCCUUGCCGCUUGCCAGACAUCGUCUCAGAGCUUCUGAAACAGAUAAGCCGGGCUCCGAACCCCCAUCUUAAGGACAGAGAGAAGGGCUACCGGCACUGUCAUGCGGACCUGCAGCCAGACAACAGCCCCCUGGAGGCAGGCCUGGCCUUCACCUGCAAGCUCAAGUAGCCCGUGCCCUUCCUGGGGUGGGAGGCCCUGGAGCAGCACCGGGCCACAGGCCUCCACUGGCACCUGCUGUGCUUCACCGUGGAGGAGUCACUGUGGAUGUGUUCCCACCCUGUGGUUUCUGGGGACCCACCUUUCUCUAUGGCUUCUUCCAGCAAAGUAUCCAUGUUCAGCCUGGAGGCCAUCUGCAGGAACGGCCAAGUGGUGGGCCAUGUCCUGAGGGUCGACUUUUGGUUCGCCAUUAAGACCAUUGCCUACGGUUAUAUCUGUGACCCCAGCGGCGGGCCAGUCUCGCUGGACUUUGUGAAAAGCAGGGACUAUGCCCUGGAGAUAAUGAGGGUGACCUAUGCUGCCCAGGCUCACCUGAAGUCUCCCUUCCACCCCGACAAGAGGGUGAAGGGAAUCUACUGA